AAGUACUGGCGGUGUUUAUGGUUUUAUACGGUGUGGUUGUGACCUUUCUUUUGAUGGUAGUCCUGAUGAUAUUCUGUGACUAGUUGCUGGAUAUAACUUGUCUAGCUUGUAUCCUGCUACUGUAGGAAAUCUCAAACUGAAAAUAAAUAAUUUUUGUAUGAAUGUAGGCAUGGCCAUGCAAAUUGUUCAAGGUUUCGUGUGCUGUCUAGUUUGCCUUAUUAAAAUUCUUGGUAGUGAUUAGCGAGGUAUAAGUAUCUUUACUCGCGCUCUUUAGGCCCACUUCCCCUCGUUUUUCAUUAUUCUGAGGUAACAGUCACCUCUAAGUGUCGGUUCCACAACUUAUUGAUAAGCUUCCAAGAAUUUCUUAUAUAACUCAUUUUUCAUCUUUUUGAAGCCGAAAUCAAUGACAGUUUAUAUAGGCUUCAGACACUCAUCGGAAAUGUGGCUGAAAAUAUCGACUACAGAAGGUGUAACUGAGAAUGCUGAAGACGUUUGACUGCUGUUUCAUUCUACUGUUUGGUAUAAGUUUCAUCCCAUGUAUGUUUUUUCUUAGUAUCCUAAUGGCGACCUCAAUAUUCAUGUUGCGUGGAUAUUUAUGUUCAGAUUACAUAACAGUUACCCUUGUGCGUACUUAUGGUGGCCACUAAUAAAAUGCUAGGGUCGCCCACAUCAUCAGAAUUGAUUACCUCAAGUGGUGUUCGUCAGGGCUGUCCACUCUCCCCAUUCUUGUUCAACUUUGUCAUUGACGUGCUUUUAGAGAUAACACUCCCCUCAUCUAAAUUUCCAGGGGUUGAACUUCUACCAGGAGGUUCACUUGUUGACUUAGAAUAUGCAGAUGACAUAGUUUUAUUUGGUGAAGACGCUGACAAAAUGCAGAGUCUUCUGACCACUCUAAGCAACAAUGCAAGCAUGUUCGGGAUGCGAUUCUCUCCCUCGAAAUGCAAAAUGUUGCUUCAGGAUUGGGUUACAUCGACACCCGAACUAGUGAUAGGGAGUGAAGUAGUUGAGUGUGUCGACCGCUUCACUUAUCUUGGAAGUCUCAUCAGCCCUUGUGGUCUGGUGUGUGACGAAAUCUCAGCACGGAUACAGAAGGCUCGACUAGCUUUUGCCAACUUGCGUCAUUUAUGGCGUAGGCGAGAUAUCCGUCUAUCAACCAAAGGACGUGUUUACUGUGCAGCAGUUCGUUCCGUCCUACUUUAUGGCAGUGAAACAUGGCCGGUAAGAGUAGAGGAUAUCCGUAGGUUACUAGUAUUUGAUCAUAGGUGUCUUCGAAAUAUUGCUCGUAUAUCCUGGGACUAUCGAGUAAGUAAUGCAGUUGUUAGGAAACGGGUACUAGGUAAGGAUGGCAAAUCAAUUGAUGACGUAGUGAAACUUCAUCAGUUGAGAUGGCUGGGACACAUGUUACGUAUGCCCAACGACCGACUGCCUCGACGUGCUAUGUUCAGUGGUAUAGGAGUAGGUUGGAAGAAAGCUAGGGGCGUCCAAACCAAAACAUGGCACAAGUCCAUGAAGUCACUGACAAGUGAACUGAGUCUUGUUGGUAGGUGUAGACUACCUGGUUGGGGACCGCGAGAUGACAGCAACCGAUGGUUAGAGACCCUGAAUGACAUGGCUCAAAAUCGUUUGCAAUGGCGCAGCUGCAUUCACUUUUUGUGUUCUCCCAAAUUCUAAUCUUCUGAAUUCUUCAUGUCCCUUUUUUCCUCUUUCCAAAUUUAUUUCACUGGAUUAUACUCUUUAAAUAACAUCUCCAAACCCUAAUCUUCCCGAUUACUGCUUAUACUCUUAUUACAUCUACCACUACGGGAUUUGAAUCGACAAGUGCAUCUCUGUGCUAAUGUGGUGUGGCAACUCGAACUGAUGUACGUACGUACGAAGUUCUACGUUGUUACUGACUGACUGACUGACUGAAUUUAUAUUUUGAACCGUUUUUAUUCUUAAUGUAGAAUUUUGCAUGUUGUUAAUGAGUGAUUUUUAAUCGAUAUCCGGCUUUCAAAUGACUGUUUUUAGGCUAUUAUUGAUAUAAGUUACCGAAUCCUCUUUUAGUCUUAAACUGAACAAUCUGGAACAUUUCGUACAGCAAUUCAAGUAGUUGGAAUUGUAUUCUUCAAUUCUUUCGAAUAACACAAACGUUUAAGACGAAAUGAAGUUGGUUGGAAGUGCAUUGUACAUUGUUGGCUGACAUGAUUUGUUAUUUGGUGCAUUAACUACAAUGUAGGAAUUUAACUACCAGUUAUAUAUAUUUUCUCCUGUGUGACAAGUUCUUUUAACUGUGUGACUCCAAUUACUUUACGUUUUCACUAAAACUUUGUACGAAAUCGUUCAAUGUAUUUUGUUACCUCGGAGCCACAGAAUAUUACUGUUUUGGUUGGAAUAUUAUCUAGGGUUUUCAUCACGAACUGACAUCAACUAUAAUGCCAAAACUAUUUUACCAAAAGUUCGAGCCCUGUUAUGUUAUACCUCGUAUAUGUGCUUCAACGGAAAAAUAAUUGUCUCUUAUAUUGUCUUUAUAUUAUUUAAUUGAAUGCUAAACUCUUUUUAUUUAAUUCAGGUGAUAUUCUUAGACUUCAAAGAUGGCUUAUGAGAUCUCUGUUCCUGAUGCGUAUAGGUAUAGAACGAUUUUCGAUCAACUUCAGCCAACCUAUGGGAAAUUAUCUGGGGAAAAAAUUAGAGAGAUGUUUCCGAACUACAACUGGCUACAAUCAAUGAAAUAACGAUAGUGAUUAAUUGAGAACAAUUGAUAUGUUUUUACGCUGUUUCAUUUAUACACCGUCAAAUACACAAAGGAAUAAACUUAUUGAGACCCGUGACUAAACUUUUUGUCAUCAAUAUGCUAUAUAUAGUUCCUGAUUUGACCAUUCGUUUUUUCCCAGGUAUUUUUAAAGUUUCAGUUACCAGUUGAAACUCUUGGAAAAAUAUGGGACCUUUCAGAUAUUGAUAAUGAUGGUAGUCUAGAUCAGAGCGAGUUCAUUGUUGCUAUGCAUUUGGUCCAUCAAUCACUGGAGGGUAAAAUAUUACCGGACAAACUACCAAAGAAUUUAGUUCCUCCUGACAAAGAACAUUAUUUUUCAAACUCUACGUCUAUUAAUAAUUCCAUGUUGUGUUUACCGCCUAUUACUGGUGAUGCUGAUUUUAAUUUGGCAUUAGUCCCUGUGCAGUCUACAUCAGAAUUAAAUCCAAAACAGAGUACUGGAUAUUUAUCAGCGCUUGUAUCCGCUUUUCCAACCGGUGAAACAUUAACUACACAGUCAACUCAUACAACUCCCACUGUUUGGGCUCUGUCUGGUCAUCAACCUUAUCUUCAGUCGUAUAAUUUUCCAGAAUGGGCUAUUUCAGCAGACGAACAUGCAAAAAAUCUGAGAGUUUUUGCUGCCCUAGAUAUGGAUGCUGAUGGGUUAGUUUCAGGCCCUGAAGUGAGAGAUAUUCUGAUGCGAUCCGGUUUACCUCAAGAUAUUCUCGCUCAUAUAUGGGAGCUGGUUGAUAUACAAAAUACUGGUUUGUUAAACAGUGAACAGUUUACAGUGGCCAUGCAUUUGGCAACGGAACAGUUAUCUGCGGGCUUAUCUAAUCGUACCCUUCCUAAUGUACUUCCACCCGCUUUACUUCCACCAAGUUUGCGCCCUAUUCCUCCAGAUCCGUCUAUUUAUGAAGAAUCUAACAAACUAAUUGUAGAAAUAGAAGCAUUAAGCCGUGAAAAAUCUGCAGUAGAAUCUGAUUAUGUCUCUAUGGCCAAAGAUUCUCAACGUCGAGCAUCAGAAGCCACUGCAAAACAGCGUACAAUUGAUACCCUUAAUCAUACAAUUCGUAAUCUAGCUAAUCAACGUGUGGAAGCCGAACGUCGACUAGGCGAUUAUAGUCGUGAAAAAGAUACGUUAGAAAAUGUGCUUAAUGAAAUCAAAAGUCAUGUCGUGAAUGAACGUCAAAAAGUUGAAGAAAUGCGUAUUAAAAUCAAUUGUCAACAAGCCUCAACGAAAAGUCAAAAAGAAGAAAUAGCUUGUUUACGUAAUGAGUUGAAUGAAUUAAUACGAGAGGAAGCGAUGUUACAAGACAAAAUAAUUGAAAACCAACGCCGUUUAGAACAAAUUGAAAAGGAAAACCGUUUAGCUCAGUCUCGCGUAGAUCAAGCUAACAUCAAACUUGAAACAUUAGAAUCUACUCGUGGUCAAUUGUUAGAAGUGCUUGAACAAUAUAACGGUCUAUUAAAUGGUGAUGAAAAUAUCAAAGAACCAGAUGAGGCAAGGGUUAAGUCUCUGCUUUCUGAUGAGAGUGCAAAAGAUAGUUUAAGAAGUUUCGAUACAGGUCUUGAUGGUAUAAAUUGGCCAAAUAAUAAUAAUGCGCCUUCUUUUACUACUGGUAUAUCAACUUUCUCAGCAUUUGAUAUGGCACGAAGCCAAACUGGUGCUCACUCUGUACCACUUCCAUUAAUGUCAAUGAAUACUGUAUCGGGUGGUGAUUGGAAGACGAAUGAAAGAGGUCUUCUAAAUUCUUCACUUGGAUUUCCAUUUCCUUACGAUCCUUUUGAUAGCAAUGAUCCUUUCAAAUCUUCUAAAGCCAAUGAGUUUCAUAAAGAAUCUGUUGAGGAUCCAUUUGCUUUGUCAAGUACAAAUGAUCCAUUCAAGGAUUCCGAUCCAUUCGGUUUAGAUCCAUUUGGUUUAUCAUAUUUAAUGGCUAAGGAUAAAAAGUCUCCAAAUACUAUUGCCUCAGCAUUUGAUCCUUUUAAACCGGACAGCGUGUGUCCUACUGUACUUCCAGAAAAUUCAUUGAUCGGAGCGGAUUUCGAUGCUGUAUUUGGACCUUCCAACGGUGAGCUAUCGAACAUGACUGAUCCGUUUGGUAGUGAUCCUUUUACACCUUCAAGUACCUCAUUUAUGAUGAAUACAGGUAUGGUUAAUAACAGAGAAAUAAAGAAUCAUAUGAAUUCUGUAAAGAAGUCUCCACCACCUCGACCAAAAACUCAACCAACUCCUGGUAAAUCUAUGCGAGCUUUCAAAUCUGUGGAUGAUAAUUCUAAUUUUCCUACUUCAGUUCAUCCCGCUAACUUUGAUGGAGACUUUACAGACUUUAAUAAUUCAUCAUCAUUAUCGUCAACAAUGGCUACUAUUCCAUCAAGAUAUCGUAAACACUCAGUUAGUGGCGUUACUGGUGUUGGCGGUAGUAAUUCAAUUAAUCAGAAAUCAACAUUCUCUCUAAAAUCGAAACCUUCUGGUAAAAGUAUAAAAAAGGAUCCACAAAAUUCCCCAUCAUCAUCUUCACCAUCAUUAAUAAAUAAAAUAAAGAAUAUGAAGUCUGCGAGUGGUGGCAGUGAUGUUCCGUUAUCUGAUGAAGCAAGACUCUCAUGGGCUAUCAUUGAAAGUCAACGUCUUGCACAAAUCGAGGAAGAAGCUCGGAAACAAGAAGAAGCUGAUCUCGAACUGGCACUUCGUCUAAGUAAACUAGAUUCAUCAAAUCGACAUUAAGAAACAUAAAAAGAGUCGAUUGCCACUUUUAUUUCCAUCUAUGAAAACCUAGAAAAUAACAGUCAAAAAACGUGUUGUCUUCUCAUUCAAUGAUUUUAUUACUCCAUAUUCAUUUUUAAUUUAGGUUGGGUUAACUGUUCAACUCCUUUUUCUUGCAUAUAAAUACAUGAUUUUUUACGUACGAGACAUACAUCAAUUUAUUCGUUCUCUUUUUUUUGCUAAUAUGAAUUAGAAAAAAAAUAAAAUUAUAGAAAGGAGAGCUAAAGAGAAAAAAAACAUGAAUUUGUUGUCUCGAUGAGUACAAAUUCUGUUGAAUAUAAAAGUUGUAUUUACAGUAUUGUACACUGAUUAAUGUAAAUCAUUGCGGUUACAUAGAUGAUUUGUCAUAUGUGUUAUUUUAUUUGUUGAAAUAUGGAAUGUAUUUGAAAUGUUUGCUUAAUAUAAUAAUAAAAUAGAAAAGAUUAUGUUGUACACAACCAAAUACGUUUAUAUACUUAUACAACGGUUACUUAUAAUAAUAAUAUUAUUAGUCUCUAGUUCCUUAAACUUCAAAUUUUUACUAUGAGUUAUAUAAUUUAUUAUUUAUGAAACAAGGUUUGCAUAACAUUUAACUUCAUUAUUACACGCAUAUACUUUGAUUAAUAAUUACUUAUUCUAUGGAUUGAUUAAGAACUGUUGCAUUGAAUAUUGUAGUAACGUUGGUUUUCAGAAUAAAACUAAUUAUCUACGUA